UAGCUGUUGAUUGUUUCUAUAAAUAUCAUCAUGGUAAAAUACAUUCAAUAUUCCAGCACAGCACCAUGGCACUCAGUGGCAGAAAUGUGUAAGUGCAUGCCAGGACAAAUCCACCCAGUGCACCCUCAUAUAACUGUGUUCGUUUUGAGAUUUGAGCAGACAGAGCUGCUGUAUCCGAGCACUCAUGGGAGAAAGUCAACGCUAUACAUCAGUGAUAGCUUCAUUUCAAACCAAAGACAUACAGAAUGGAUCCCUUUCGAAAUACAUUAAGGUGAACGGGACCUAUUUUCUUUACAUCAUCAACAUAUGGUGCUAAAUGCACAUCCUAACGGCAUCUUUACACAAAUGUGUAACGAUUUAUAGCGCCUGAGUCGUCAGAACACCGCAAAUACAGCGCGCUCGGACGCGCAUUUUACGCACGAUGGAGAGCCUGCUGAAAGAAACGAUUGUCUGGCCCUACAACGAUUCCUGGACAAAUUCAAGCAAGGAAAACGACACUAGAGGAUUGAACCAAACCGUAAACCCUCUGAAGCGCAACGAAGAGGUGGCGAAAGUCGAAGUAACCGUCCUGGUGUUGAUUCUGCUGCUGGCGCUCGCCGGCAACCUGUGCGUCCUUGUGGCUAUCCAGACGAGUAAACACGUUCAGUCGCGGAUGUACUAUUUUAUGAAACACUUGAGCAUAGCUGACCUGGUGGUGGCGGUUUUUCAAGUUCUCCCUCAACUUAUCUGGGACAUCACCUUUCGCUUUUAUGGACCAGACUUUUUGUGCCGCCUGGUGAAGUACCUACAGGUGGUUGGCAUGUUUGCAUCCACUUACAUGCUCGUGCUGAUGUCUAUCGAUAGAUGUUUGGCUAUAUGGCAGCCACUGCGAUCCCUGCGCCGUCGAAAGGACCGUUGUUUCGUCCUGGCCUCUUGGAUUAUAAGCCUUGUCUUCAGUUUGCCACAGGUGUACAUCUUCUCCCUCAGAGAGGUGGGCGACGGGGUCUUCGACUGCUGGGCGGAUUUUGUUCAGCCCUGGGGCGCAAAGGCUUACGUUACGUGGAUAAGUCUCACAAUCUACAUAAUUCCCGUAGCCAUUUUAAGCGUUUGUUAUGGACUUAUAAGUUAUAAAAUAUGGCAAAACUUUAAGCUGAAGACCCGGCGCGACCAGAGUCUGUCCUUGACCCCGCGGCCAGCCAAGGGCACCGCGCUCUCCCGCGUCAGCAGCGUCAAGUUGAUCUCCAAAGCUAAGAUAAGGACGGUGAAAAUGACGUUUGUGAUCGUCCUGGCUUAUAUCAUCUGUUGGACGCCGUUUUUCUUCGUACAGAUGUGGUCCGCCUGGGAUCCAAUGGCUCCAAGAGAAGCUAUGGCGUUCAUUAUUGCGAUGCUUCUGGCCAGUCUCAACAGCUGCUGUAACCCCUGGAUCUACAUGUUUUUCGCUGGUCAUCUGUUCCGGGAUCUCAUGCAGCGCUGUCUUAUGGCAUCACACUGCGGCUGUAAGAGGCAAUGGAGAUCUAAGAGCCAUUCAGGGACGGGUGCAGUGAGGAGCACCAGCAGCCAGAAGAGCGUGACACAGUCUUCUACUACAUGAGAGAAAGUUGGAAUACAUGCAGUUCGUAUUAUUGAACAGAACAAUAAAAUAACAUAAGCUAAGGAAUCAUUUCAUAUGAUUUUUACAGGUGUGGUGCAGACCUCAGAUACGUUAGCCAUGGAUAAUCUACAAUCAUCUGCAGCUUAAAAACUAUCUUUACUAAAUUAAUGCUUGACCUGUAGCUGUCUUUGAUACAGGAGGUGUUUAUACCCAUCUCUUGUUCACCCAAAAGUGCAAAUUGUGUGAUAAUUUACUCACUUUAGUGUUGUUCCAAACCCAUUUGAUAAUCAUAUCAAUGGGAUUAAAGUUUUUAAAGAGUAACUUAAUGUUAUAUUCUUUUGCAGCCAUGCAUAGGGACUACAGGAGUUACAUUAAAUAACAGCUUAAAAUCUACUGCAUGGCUUUUGAAGACUUCUGAGUUUCCUGUAGCGUUGUGCUCGAAUGGACUUACAUGGUGCUUUCUUUUUGGAAGAAGAGCAGCUCAAAGAUAAGUUAGCCAGAAGUCAUACUGAUGUGGAUUUGAGGGUGAGUAAAUGAUGAGGAUAUUUUCAUUUUUUGGUGACUUUUCAGUAGUUUUGAUGUCCCAGCGAUGUUCCUUAAUCGUUAUUUUGUAGAAAUAUACUGUAAAUAUUGUUCAAACAGCAGAUCAAUAAGGCUGUGAGUCACUUGA